GCUGCUUGCACGCCAUUGGCUCGCAUGCCGGCAAUAAGUGGGCCCGCCCCCGGCUCGGUCGACAUGGGCCAUGACGUAUAGACAUCGUGCAACUUCAUCUUACCAUCCGCUGCGUCGUGUAGCUGUCGAGCUACGGCUAUUUACACCGCUAUAAGACCCAGCCAUGGCGGCGACUGCUGCUGCUGCUGCUGCUGCUCCAUCGACGAGCAUCUCCUUCGACCACGACCGCCGGCGCCAUGUUCACCUCGCCACGCCCGCUCUCGGCGCUGCUCUUCGCCGCCGGAGUGUAUGCCCAGACGCAAUUUGCCUUCCCCGACUGCCAGAAUGGCCCCUUGAAGAAUGAGACCAUCUGUGACACCUCGGCAUCCCCCGUUGCUCGUGCCAAGUCGCUCGUGGCCCUCUACACGCUCGAGGAGAAGAUGAACGCUACCUCCAGUGGUGCUCCCGGCGUGCCCCGCCUGGGCGUGCCCGCCUACCAAUGGUGGAGUGAAGGCCUGCACGGCAUUGCCGGUCCCUUCACAAGCUUCAGCAAACAAGGCGACUACAGCUACUCGACGUCGUUCCCCCAGCCCAUCUUGAUGGGCGCCGCCUUCGACGACGACCUCAUCACCCAAGUCGCCAAGGUCAUCUCCACCGAGGCUCGUGCCUUCAACAAUGCCAACAGGACUGGUCUCGACUUUUGGACGCCAAACAUCAACCCCUUCCGUGACCCUCGCUGGGGCCGUGGCCAGGAGACGCCCGGAGAAGAUGCCUACCAUCUGUCGUCUUACGUCCGAGCUUUGAUCCAUGGGCUCCAGGGCGACGCAACCGACCCAUACAAGCGUGUCAUUGCCACGUGCAAGCACUACGCCGGCUACGAUAUCGAGAAUUGGAACGGCAACCAGCGCUACCAAAACGAUGUCCAGAUCUCCCAGCAGGACCUGGUUGAGUACUACCUCGCCCCCUUUGAAGCUUGUGUCUCGGCCAAUGUCGGUGCUUUCAUGUGCUCAUACAACGCUGUAAACGGCGUACCCACGUGCGCAGACCCCUACUUGCUGCAGACUAUUCUUCGCGAGCACUGGGGCUGGACGAAUGAGGAGCAAUGGGUUACGUCUGACUGUGAUGCUAUCCAGAACGUAUACCUACCCCAUCAGUGGUCUUCGUCUCGUGCAGGCGCUGCUGCCGACUCACUGAAUGCUGGUACCGAUGUUGACUGCGGUACCUAUCUGCAGGCCCACCUGCCCGAGGCCUUCAAGCAAGGCUUGACAAAUGAGACUGCUCUGGACAAAGCUCUUGUCCGCCAGUACUCCUCGCUCGUUCGCUUGGGUUACUUUGACCCGCCUGAGAAACAGCCAUACCGCCAACUCGGUUUUGAAGCCGUAGGCACAAACGCCUCCCAAGCACUCGCACGCAAGGCGGCCGCCGAGGGUAUUGUACUUCUCAAGAACGACGGCACUCUUCCUCUCAAUCUCCAGUCCAAGACGGUUGGUCUUUUUGGUGACUGGGCCAAUGCUACUCAGCAAAUGCUUGGCAACUACGCUGGUGUCCCCACGUUCCUGCACAGUCCCUUCUACGCUCUUCAACAGCUUGGCGUCAAAGUCAUCUAUGCUGGUGGGCUCCCAGGAGGCCAGGGCGACCCGACUACAAACCGUUGGCUUCCCCUCUCUGACGCCAUUGCUUCUAGUGACGUGCUCAUAUGGGUUGGCGGCAUGGACAACGGUGUUGAAGAGGAAGAUCGCGACCGCUACUAUCUGACUUUCACUGGUGCCCAGCUUGACGUGAUUGGCCAACUCGCCGACAGUGGAAAGCCCGUCGUCGCGGUUGUGACUGGUGGUGGCCAGAUGGACACUACCCCACUGGUCAACAACCCUAAGAUUUCCGCCGUCAUGUGGGCCGGAUACCCCGGCCAAGACGGUGGCUCUGCCAUCAUGGACAUUGUCACUGGAAAGGUUGCCCCCGCCGGACGUCUUCCUCAGACCCAAUAUCCUUCCAAGUACAUCGCUGAGGUGCCCAUGACUGACAUGUUUAUGCGCCCUGGAGCCAACAAUCCCGGCCGUACCUACAAGUGGUACAACGGCAGCGCUGUCUUCGAGUUUGGCCACGGACUUCAUUACACAAACUUCUCGGCUGAGAUCAAGACAUCAAUGAAGCAGAGUUACGCCAUUGCAGACCUCGUAAAGGGCUGCAACACCACCGGAGGCUUUCUUGAGCGCUGCCCUUUUGCUACUGUCGACGUGGCCGUGAACAACGAUGGCAAGACAACCUCUGAUUACGUUACAUUGGGCUACAUUGGCGGCGAAUUUGGCCCUGCACCUUACCCCAAGAAAUCGCUCGUUUCAUACACGCGCCUCCAUGACAUUGCCGGUGGCUCUUCCGCCACUGCUAAACUCAACCUCACACUUGCUUCUCUUGCUCGUGUCGAUGAAAAGGGAAACAAGGUCCUAUACCCUGGCGACUACACCUUCAUGAUUGACAACAAGCCCCUGGCCACGGCCAAGUUUUCGCUCACGGGCAGCAAUGUGAUGCUGAGCCAGUGGCCUCAACCACCUCCCAACCGUAAGAGCCAGGGUGUGCAAUACAUUGGAGAUUACUGGAAUGGAGGAUUUGGAAGUGACCAGGCAGUCGUGUAA